AUGGCGGGCGCCUCCGACCCCCUGGAAGAUAUGCUGUUUUCAGAGGUGGAUGAAAAGGCUGUGAGUGACCUGGUGGGAUCCCUGGAGUCUCAGCUCUCAGGCCAGAACAGCACAGCGCGUAAAGCAGAGGAGAACGGAGGGGCUGGCUCAGUGGCACACGCUAACCACAACCAUCAGCUCCCUACUCCAGGACACACCACAACACAGGAACAUCAACAACAACAAGGACGCUGUAAUAAACCCGGGAUGCGCCAGAGUCAUCUUUCCAAAAGCAUUCAUUCAGAUAAAAGCAGCACCCCUCGUUCUUCGGACUGUCCGCGGUCUUUGGGUGAGCCAUCUCCGGCUGUGAUCACCACCUCCACCAGCAUCCCGUCACAUGGAACAUCCACCACAACACAACCUGUGACAACUCUCACAUCUACAGUCAGCAUCAGCACCGCGGCAAACCGAAGUCACAAGUCCUGCUCCAGUCCUAGCGAGCCCUCGGUUAUAUCCCCGAGAAAGCGCAUAAGCACCCCACGAAGGACCGCUGCUGCCCGGGUUAAGAGUUUGAACGGAGCCGCCGUGUCAACGAGGAGGAGCAGCGCAUCUCCUAACUCCCCCAGGCCUGCUCCUCCCUCUGUGAACAAUUCAACAUUUACCCUUUCCUCAGGACAGGCUGCUAUUGCUCUGGACAGAGCUCCAUCUCCAUCUCCUGCUGUGGUCACCUGUGCGCAGCUCUGUCCAGGAGCCCCAAGCCCACAAAGGAUUGCAACCCCUCAGCUGAUUGUCAGACCACCUCAACAGCAAACAACCAUUCAGCUUCCCCCUGGGUUCACCAUUCCUCCUGGAAUGGUGUUGGUGCGCACAGAACUCGGACAGCUCGUGAUGGUCCCUCAGCAGGCCCUGGCCCAGGUACAGGCUCAGGCUCAGGCCCAGGCCCAGGCCCAGAACAACAGCCCACGACCCACUACACCCAACACAGGGACAUCCUUCAGAGGCACAACUCCACAGAAAGGCCCCGUGGCAAUUGCUGUGACGUCUACGCAGCAGACCCCUGUGGUGAUGGCCCCCCAAGCUUCGUCCCAGGCUGCUUCUCAGCCAGUGCAAUCGCCGGCCAUUGCAGCCACACCCGGAGCACCUGUCGUGUCCCAGGAGAUGCAAGAGAAUGUAAAGAAAUGUAAGAAUUUUUUGGCUACACUGAUCAAACUCGCAUCUCACAACUCUCCAUCCCCUGAGACAUCGAAGAAUGUCAAAGCUCUGGUUCAGGAUUUGCUGGAUGCCAAGAUUGAGCCAGAGGAGUUUACCAGCCGCCUCCAGGCUGAGCUGAAAUCAUCUCCACAACCUUACCUGGUGCCAUUUCUGAAGAAAAGCCUUCCGGCCCUAAGGCUGUCCUUGCUGAACAGUCAGCAGUCACUGACCCAGCCCCCUCAACUGGGAGUCAAACCGGUGGCCGGCAGUGUGGCCCCGGCCGUCAUGACUGGGCCAAGUGUGCGCACACGACACCCCAACAGUGUCACCACCAGCAUCAGCACCAGCUCUCUUCCGGCAUCUGCCAUGGGUUUCAAGGCAACUGGUUCUGUGGGCGGUCAGGUGCGCAUGCCAGUGGUGAUCACGCAGUCCAUCAGAGCACAAGGCACAAUGGGGAAAGGAGCUGCCAUCCAGGUUGGAAAAAGUCCCAUGGGCCUGGCUGUCCAGAUUUCUGGGAAAAACAAGCUUAAUGACCCCGGAGGAGGCUCUUUCAGAGAUGAUGAUGACAUCAAUGAUGUGGCUUCCAUGGCUGGGGUGAACCUUAACGAAGAGAGUGCACGGAUUUUGGCGACUAACUCAGAGCUGGUGGGGACACAUAUUCGCUCGUGCAAAGAUGAAGCUUUCCUACAUCCGAUCCUGCUCCACAGACGCAUUCUGGAAACAGCCAAGAAAUAUGGAGUUUCUGAGGUACCGAUGGAGGCUGUGACUUUCAUUUCACAUGCCACGCAGUCACGACUACGGACGCUGGUGGAAAAGGUUUCUACUAUUGCACAGCAUCGACUUGACUCCUGUAAAGAUGACGAGAGCCACUUGCAGACUGCGGAUGUGCGUUCCCAACUCCGGUUCUUUGAGCAACUAGAGAGAAUCGAGAAGCAGAAGAAGGAUGAACAAGAGCGAGAGAUCUUAUUGAAAGCUGCAAAAAGUCGCUCCAGGCAGGAAGACCCAGAGCAAGCUCGACUGAAACAGAAAGCUAAGGAGAUGCAGCAGCAGGAACUGGCGCAGAUGAGACAGCGAGACGCAAACCUCACAGCACUAGCAGCCAUUGGGCCACGCAAGAAACGAAAGCUGGACUCACCAGGAAGCACAUCAUCAGGGACAGUAACAGAGGCGGUUGGGAGUGCGGCAGAUUCUCCAGCAGGCUCCUCGUCCUCCUCACGGCACACACGCCAGCGCAUCACUCGGGUCAACCUCAGGGAUUUAAUCUUCUACAUGGAGCAGGAGAGAGACAUGGCCCACUCUGUGCUGCUGUAUCGGGCUUUGCUCAAGUAG